GGAGUAAACCCCUCAGUGAGCUCAGAGUCCAUUUCUAACCACCCGGUUCAUCUGUAAAUGUCCGCGCCGACCACAUCGUUUCAGAUCGGAGUACCCUCUCUGCGUUUAUCACGGCAAAGGUCACAGGCCGACCGGGUUAACCCUCUGCUGCUAAAGGGCAGGUCCCCGCAAGCCAAUGCAGCCCUGAUGGAAUAGACCAUCUCGACGCCGCCGAUAUUAGAUGGUUUCAGCUCUGGAAAGCGGUCCCCGUAGGGCAUCGGGACGAGGAAGAGACGGGAACUGAGAUGAACCUUGGUCUCUACUUGGGGCACCUUGGGAAGGUUGCUCCGGGUCCGGAGCCCUGAAGAGCCGACGGCUCCCGGGAGAAGUACCAUGCGGGGGGCCCCCGUCGGGCUCGGGGUCGGAGCGCUGAGACGAAAUGGAUGAUUUGGACCUGCUCGCUCUCCUGGAGUGCCCCGUGUGCCUGGAGAAGCUGGACGUCACCGCCAAGGUCCUGCCGUGCCAGCACACUUUCUGCCAGCCUUGCCUUCAGAGGAUAUUCAAAGCCCGGAAGGAGCUGAGGUGCCCGGAAUGCCGGACCCUCGUCUUCUGCAGCAUCGAGGAGCUCCCGGCCAACCUGCUCUUGGUCCGCCUGUUGGACGGCGUCCGGUCGGGACAGGGCACGGGCCGGGUGGGCUCCUUCCGGAGGCCCGGGGUGCUGACCCCGCAGGACGGCGGCCGGAGAGGAGGAGCCGCCGACCCCAGGGCGGGACAGCCGAGCCCUUUCAGACCGGUCUCCGACGCCAGAGCCCACAUGGACGGGGUGCCCCGUGCCAAAGCUCUCUGCAACUACCGAGGGCAGCACCCCAGCGACCUGCGGUUCAACAAGGGCGACAUCAUCAUCCUGCGACGGCAACUGGACGAGAAUUGGUACCAGGGGGAGGUCAACGGGACCGGGGGCACUUUCCCAGCCAGCUCCGUCCAAAUCAUCAAGCAACUGCCCCAGCCUCCCCCUCUCUGCCGAGCGCUUUACAACUUUGACCUGAGAGACCGGGGCAAAGCCGAGAGAGAGGGCUGCCUCACGUUUCUCAAGGACGACAUCAUCACGGUGAUCAGUCGAGUUGAUGAGAACUGGGCCGAGGGCAAGCUCGGGGAUAAAGUGGGCAUCUUCCCCAUCCUGUUUGUGGAGCCAAACUUUACCGCAAGACACCUGCUGGAGAAAGGCAAAAGCCCCCGAUCUUCCCACGCAAAGAGCAUGUCCCUACGGCAUUCUUCUCCCAGAGCCAAAGUCGUGGAAUCGCCAACUUUCUGUGGCACUGUGGAGUCAAGGAGGAAGAGCCCGAGGCAAUUCUCCAUCACCACAGCCUUAAACACCCUCAACAGGAUGGUCCAUUCACCCCCAGGACGCCACUCCGUGGAAAUCAGUUCGCCUGUGCUCAUCAGCUCCAGUAACCCGUCUGUGGCAGCCCAAAAUGGAGACAGGGUGGACUUCACAAAUAGUCUUCCAGGGCAGGUCGGCACCGCGUACUACUCCACCUCCGGACCCCUGGGACCCUCUUCGGCAAUCGUCACCCUCCCCUAUUCCCAGCAACACAUAUCGGCUAACAUGUACGUGGCCCUGCACUCCUUCUCGGCCCAUGGCCCGGAUGAGCUGGAUCUGCAGAAAGGAGAAGGGAUCCGUGUUCUAGGAAAGUACCACGAGGGCUGGCUCAAGGGUGUGUCCUUGGUCACCGGGAGAAUCGGGAUCUUCCCUCAAAACUACGUCGUCCCUCUUUUCAGGAAGACGUCUAGCUUUUCCGAUUCCAGAUCGCCCACCCUCUACGCCACCUGGACGUUAUCUGCCUCGUCAGCUUCAUCCCAGGGCAGCGUCUCGGACAGCGGCCCCAGGCAGAGCAGGGCCCCGAAGUCCAUCUUGGUGCCGACCGCCGUGGUGACGCCGGUGAGAAGCAUGACGGGGCCCAGAACCCCAGCACAGAUGUCCUUACGGAGAGGGCGCAGCAGCAUGAGGAAGGCCGGGUCGCUGCCGAGAUCCGUCCAGCCCUCCGUGCCCGUGAGCCAGGUGUCCGGCUCCCUGCGGCGCCAGCCCACGGUGCUCGUGCGGCCCCAGCAGUGCCAGCCGUACCGGCCGCACGCCUCCUCGCCAUCCCCCUGCCUUUCGAUGGCCGAGGUUGGCCCCAGGCUCUCUCUACCCUGCGAGCUGGUGGCCGGGUUCCUGGCCAGAGGACCCGAGAGCCGGACCCACUCUGCAGCCAAUUCGCUCAUCCUGGAAGCCAGAGGGUCGCCGGUCAAGAGUGAGCCCCCCAUAAAGCCCCCUGCCUCGGCGCCCCCCUCCAUCCUGGUGAAACCGGACAACUCCAGAAACAGCAGCGAGAAGCAGGUGAAAACGGUGAGAUUCCAGAACUACAGCCCUCCCCCGCCAAAACAGUCCGGCUCCCACACCGCCCUCAGCAAGCUCGACCUACCCGCCUCCCCCGAGGCCUCCCAGCUAGAGGCCGGCCUGCCAUCCGCGGAGAUGACCACUCUGUUUGUUCACCGAGGGGGCACCCACUCCGGCCAGACGGAGCCCAGGAGAAAACCCACGUACGCGAAGGCCGCGUCCCUGACCCUCCCCAUCCCGGUCAUCCAGCCGAUCUUCCCCGGCAAAUAAAUCCGCCCCUGCUUUCGGAAGCCAAGAAAGGGCAUCUGCCACCUUCUUCCAACGACAGACUAGUGAACGGCAAGAAGUCUGAGAAGAAAAGCUCUCAGCUGGAGUGGAUAGUGGCCAGAGGAGGCAGCAGGCUGGACAAGGGACCUUGUGAUGCUCCAGGAAGGCCAGAGAUGAUGGUGAACCCAGGGGAGCAGAUCCUAGAGGAGAUCCAAUAUUCCUGGGCCUCAGAAGUGGGAACCACAAGGACGAGGUCCCGUUAUGACACCCACCAGCUCCACUUUCGAUGCCAAACCAACAUCCCUGGAUUUGCUCUUCCUGCACUCUGCCAUUGAGGAAGGGGUUGAGCCUCAAGUCCCCUCCAACCCCUCCGACCUGUCCCCCCGGCUCAGAUUAAGAACUAUCCAAGAACCACCCCCCCGGCUCUGUUUUGGGCUUUUGAGUCUGACACAAAGAGAGGAAGGUCAUUUUUAUCCUGCCAACUCAUCAGCCUGUCCUUCCUUCCAGAAACAACAUGGGAGACUUUCAGGGAGCCAGGUUGGCUCUGCCAACUGUCCCUCAACGUUGGAAUGCCCUCACCCCCGCCAUUUUACUCCCAGGGUACCCACGUUCCGGGUCUGUGCCGUCUCCCCACCACGGAUUCCCCGAGCCCUGUUCCUUAGCCCUAACGCCCUUUCAUUUUGCAGCCCUCCAUCCCUCUUCCCUAUCCUCCUCCAUCUGGCCCCACUCACGGGUCUGGUCUCCCUCUCCCCUGGCCCCCCCGGGCCUCGGAGGUCUCCCACUUUGGGGAACUGGAGGCUGCAGGCCUAAGAUGAGGAGGUCCAGCCAAUACCAUGGGAAAUCCUGCCAGUUGAGGUUCAGAAGUUGAGAGCAAGCGUGGUUACGAGAAGGGAGAGAACUUGACCGGAAGCGGGCUCUGGGACCCAUGGUGGAAAUCAGGGCAAAUGAGGAGAGACCCAGCAGGGAGGUGUAGCCCUCAUUCCGGCCAUUACUUCUAUUCUGAUCUUCCCUCCAGAGAAUCGUCUCAAAGGUUGAGUGGCUUUUCACCCCAUCUCCUUACCUUGAGGUCCCCUUUCGGUGAAGGCUAGAAAGGAGGAAACACUUGAAGAGAGGAGGAGGAGGAGAAGAAGGGGGAGGAGGAAGAGGAAGAGAAAGUGGUCUGUGAAUCUCUAGGAGUUUGAGGUUCUCCCUGGGUAAUGGCAUAAACAGCAUCUAGCUCUUUUUGUCUCCGGUGUUUGGCAGCCUCUCGCCUCAGUCGAGGAGCCCUGCCAGUCAGUGACCGGCUGGACAGUGUAAAGGCUUCAGACUCAGCCUUCAGAGAGCCUCCCAGACAACCCCGCUCCCCUCACCCCCACCCAGUGCACCCACACAGCCCGGGGAGGGGGCUGUGGGCUCCUAUUCCAGAUCCCAAGUAGUCAGCGGCAGCACCUGGAAGGAAGGCUAAGGCAUUUGAGGCCCAGAGACACCUGGCCAUUCCUAACAUGAUGGCACCAUUUCCCAGUUCAACCACAGGGCUGUGGGGAGGAAUGCUUGAGAGCGUCGUUUGCUCUCACAGAUGUGGUACUGUGAGUUUGCUUGGCUCUGCUGGGAAAAAAAAAAUGGUUUCACAGGUUCUAUUCGCUCUCCCCAGAAAUUUCAUUUAAAAAAUACUGGAAAUAACAAAACACCAAGUCUACCUGGUCCUCCAGCAGUCCGGCAAAUAGAUUCACCGAGGGCUGUCUCCGGGGUGCCCCCGGCAGCCUCCUCCCAAAUCCCAGAACCGCCCAGGAGAGUGGUCGGCCGGGCCGGGGCUGGGACUGGAGUUUGGCCAAGGGCAGCCGGAAUCUCCCGGCUUGCGUCUCUGCGUUUCAGAGACCUGGGCUUGAUUCCUCUUUUUCCAGUACUGCUUUAGAGGAGGUCCAACCAAAGGAAAAGAGAAAGAGGAAAGAGAGGAAAAAAAACCAUCUCCUCACAAAAGAUUAGUUUGGCAACACAACUCAGCAACGUCCAAAAUUUAGUAGUAACUGGACCUCUGCUCUACUCUGGACUUGUAAGAAGCCUUGGGCGUUUGAGUAAGCAGAGCAGACACUUAGCAAGUUAACAUGUAUAUGUGUAAUGUUUGUAAAAAGGGGGUCAUGGAUCACAUUAUGGAUUCAUGUGUAAAUACUAAGAUUUGGAAGAAAAAAGAGACUUUCUGAGGGAAGGUGUUAUGACACAAAUGCAGUGGACAGUUUGAAAACACUCGCUCACACAAUCUUUCGUAUCUUAGCUGUUCAAAAGAGGUUCCUAGUCUCUCAAGACCGGGAUAGAGGAUCUCAUUUAUCAGGGCUCUCAACUUUGGGAAUUGGACCCUUCGGUCGACUGAACGAACGGCACGCUUCUGUGGGUCUUCAGGGGAUCUUCACGUGGGCACAGACGACUGUAAAACAGACCCUCCGGUUGCUUUCGAAACAGCUAAAUUGUAUAUCUAUCUCUGUAUAGCUAGACAAAUGGCUUUAGAUAGUCAGAGAAAGAGAAUGAGUGAGAGAAAUUUUGCGACUUGUCAUAUCCCAGUUUGAACUUGUCAUGACCCGGCUUGCCUGCUGCAUCAGCCUCUUCGCUGAGCUCCCUCUCUCUAGUCUCUCCUCUCUGCGGUCCAUCCCUCACUCUGCUGCCUAGAUCAUUUUUCUAAAAUGCCAUUCUGCACACAUCUUCCCAUUUCUCAAAAACCUCCGGUGGCUAGUCGUUCCCCUUGCAUCUAACCACGGCUUUUAAUACACUGAUCACCCCUCUCCCUGCUACUUAGCCCCUCUCUUCGCCCACAACCCCCCAGCUCACACUCAGUUCCUCUGAAGAAACGCUUCUUAACGUGCCUCCCUCUCACCCAUCCUACUGGCGAUCUGUUGCUCCCGUCCUCUCAUAUUUAGAUCGGCUGGGACUCCCUCCUCACCUCCCAAUCUGACAGAUCACAGCUCGCCCCAUCUUCAAAGCCAAUCUGAAAGCCACAUCUUCUCUAGGAGGACUUCCUCCAAGUAUUCUCAUAUCUCCCCACCUUUAUUUCCUCCAGCUUCCACUUCCGACUCUGUGCCACCAACUCACCUAAAUAGAAGCGGUAUGGCCUAGUGGAAAGAGCAAGGUUUGAGUCAGAGGACCUGGGUCCUAAUCCUGGCUCUCCCACUUACCUGCUGUGUGAUCUUGGACAAGUCACUUAUCUCUUUGCCUCAGUUUCCUCAUCUGCACAACGAGGAUCUAAUACCUGUUCUCCCUCCUACUUGGACUGUGAGCUCCAUGUGAGAUCUGAUAAUCUUGUAUCGGCCCCAGUCCUGAGUACAGUGUAUAGCACACAGUGAGCGCUUAACAAAUACCACAAUUAAUAUUACUACCUUCGGGUAGAAAAAGAAGCCACCUCCAAUUCACCUUCCUUCAAAGCUGAGAAGCUUUGUGUUUUGGAAUCGAUCAGUGGUAUUCUUGGAGUACUUACUGCGGGCAGAGCACUGUAUCGAGCACUUGGGGGAGUUCCGUACGGUAGAAUCGGUAGACACAAUCCCCGACCACAAGGAACUUAGGGUCUAGACGGCGAGCAACAGAGCAUCUGUGUUCUCUGAUAAUCUACAGGUCUCCGUUGGUCCAAGUGCUUAUAGGGUCUUGUAUUCCAAUGCUUGGGAUUGUGGACCUUAAUGAAAUGGUAGGUUUGUUUAUUACCGCACAGUUUCAGGGAAGAGCUUCCUUCCCCGCUCCAAUCUGGUUGCCCUAGCUGUCCCGGAGAAAACAGUGUACCAAAAUAUCUGUCUGUCAAUACGGUGGGGUCAGUGAAACUAAGAUGGAGGCAACUGCCUAGUCUCUGGUGCCAAAAAUGUACAUUAUUCCAUACUGUAAGCUUGCGCGGCCACGGAAUCUGUCUCAGCAUGAAACAAUAAAACAAGGUUUAUUUUCAUUUAAUCCUG